AUGAUAACAGGAGGAAAAAAUUAUUACAAGGGUGAUGGUACAAUUACGGGACAAAAUAUCUAUUCGAAACUUAAGGAAUUUAGUAAAUCAUGGGAAAAUCACCGGAAAAGUCUAUGUACUUCUGUUGAAUUUAUUCCAAAGCGUUGUGAGGAAGAACUGCCGAAUGAAGACAUAUUCGAAACAGCGCCCCAAUUACAUUAUACUAGCAACAAAUCAAAACCGUUUGAGUAUGAGAGUAUGAGUCUCACAGCAAGCCUCACAGUUGCCCGCGAUUAA